AUGACGGUUCGUGACCAUUUACCCGUCACAACACCAGCCCACUCGCGAGCUCGUCUACCGAUCCCACUCACUCACUAUCCAAUCGGCACUGCCAGUGCACCACGCAGCGAGGAAGUUAUCGACUCGACCGACCGACCGACCGACCGACCGAUCAAGCGACAGACGAACUCGACCAUGAAGAUCACCGCUCUCGCCAUCACUGCGCUAGCCACCGUAGCAAGCGUCGCAUCCGCUGACGACUACCAGCCGGCUCUCCGAGCACUUGCCGCACAGGAGCCAACUGCACCCAUUGCCGACACACUUGCUUCCGACCCGACCAAGCAACAAUCCCCUUCUCCUGUGGAGGCUGCUGCUGCAGCUGCCAACACGGAGCAUGAUGUCGACGAUGACAGCAAGAAGGCCAAGGAGUGGUGGGGACGACCGGGAUGGGGACAUCGCUGGGGAGGCUAUGGAUGGGGGCGUCCCUGGGGUGGCUACGGUGGUGGCUGGGGGUGGAUACGGUGGCGGCUGGGGACGGUAGACGUCACACAUCAACGACACCAUCGACACGCUUGCAACCUGCCGCACUCUCACACGGACGGAACAGAACAAGGCGACUGCAAUGUAGCCAAUCAAAUGGAAAUCGGCAUGCUCAUUCAGCCUCGCUUUGUUCUCUAA